AUGUCCAUAUCAGCCAAUUAUACGCCGGACGCCAGUGCUACUCUUGUAUCUCUAUGGAAGAUUGUGCAGCUGUCCCAAAGGGAUGUUUCGGCACAAAUACCAAUCAAUCACGUCGCCCAUCCGGGUGUUUCUCUGACAUCUGCCUGCUUCAGCAAUAAAGUGUAUGAAGGGCAGGCCUUGGUGAGAUGCAUGUCAAACCUUUUGGCGGUUGAUAAUCGUCGAUUUCAUGUCGACUUAUACUGGUCCGAAGCGCAACAACGCUGGAUAUUCUGUCCAGCUACAGUUGAUUCCAAUGCACCAAUCAGGCAAGGGUCCCCGAAUACCACUCUGAUCGGAUCUGUACCACAAGGAAAUUUUUCGAUUCCGAGGAUGGACAGAGGUGUAUUAAUGCAAGCACGCGAAACCAAGACCCCUUCCAGCAACUCAUUGCCGUCAAUGGCCAACCAUGCUGCUCGUGUAACGGAAUCAACUACUCCGGAAAAGCCUUCUACUUCCGCCCCAGUACUAUAUAGUGUUGGACCGUACUCAUGCUCCAAGUCUCUUGAUCUCUCUAUAUUUCUCAGUUUACUAAAGAGUUAUUUUUGGCUGACGAAUGAUACCCUCAAUGCCCAUAUGUUACAUAUCUUGAUCAACCUACAUUCAGCUGCAGCAGCAGAUUCACCUGACAAGUCUAGCAAUGCUCCAUCACCUGAAAAACUCCCUUCAGGCGCAAAUCUUCUUGGAUCACUGUUUGAAGAAGCAUUACAAGAGUUCAUGUACACCCCGAAGAAGCUUGAAGAAGAGAGAAGCAACCUGAACCGUUCAUGGUAUUCUGUUCCUUCAUUUUCUCACCCCAUUUCAGAAUAUUUUACGACCCACAGAGACUCCAAAGGUCACCAUAGCACUCCCGACGGCUGGCCAUGCGAGAGUUAUGUGGAAAGGACUCGUUUGCACCGAUUUUUGGUUGGUUGGGGCACAGUUGACCCUCAAAUGGCGUCCUACGAUUUCAAUAGCGACAAUGAUCUUAUUUUCCCCGAAGGCUCGCUUUCAACAUUUAGAGAAAUCAAAACUUCUAAUGCCAAUAAUGAACCUGCAAUCGAAUUUGGUUGUUUAUUCGACCCAGAAGCCACAGACGCCUCCAACCCAAAUGCGUCAUGGGCUGAAUCAACCGCUGUUCAACAAUAUACUUAUGACUCCACGCAUGUAUUAAGCAGUAAGCUUGUGGCAUGUGGCAUAUCACCCACAAUAAAUUCCAGCCUCUCCAAUAUGACCGCUGAUGUGGAUUUCAAACCCUAUCAAAACGCUUCUCGAGCUUCACAGUGGGCCUGGGUACCGGGUGAACCGAUGUCAACAGACUUACGACCAGAGCCAUCAACUAAUCUCAGAUGUGCCCGGGCUGAUGUAACUUUCAAAGGACGAUGGGUCCCCGCAAAAUGCUCCAGCGAACUCUAUGGGGCGUGUCGCAUCGGAAACCAGCCGUUCCGCUGGACGCUAACGCCCCAUCGUGUCCCAUAUGACAAGGUGUCACAUAAAUGUCCGAAGAACUCUACAUUUUCCACUCCACGAACAAGCCUAGAAAACACCUAUCUCUACCACCAUCUCAUGUCUAUGCCCCAAAGUGUAAUCAAUGCAUCCUCCGCUAAUGUCUAUGAACGCAGCGUCUGGAUAGAUCUCAAUUCUCUUGACGUGGCCAAUUGCUGGGUCUCUGGCGGUCCCCAGACGCAAUGCCCAUACGAGGUGGAUGAUGCUGCUGUUCAACUGCGGGCAGUGCUUGUACCCACAAUAGCGGCUAUCAUUGUGUUGGUCAUCGCGGCCUUGACCAUAUUUGUCAAGUGUAAUUCCAAUCGCAGGAAUUCGAGACGGACAAGGGUCAUUGAGGGAUGGGAAUAUGAGGGUGUUCCAUCCUAG